AUGUAUGAGAUUGCAGUUGUACAUCUUAAAGCUGAGAGAAAAACAGACAACCAGGAGAUCGACAUCAAGAUUCAGUUGACAAAGAUUUUGCCUCCCAGCUCUGAUCUGUGUAUCCCCUUCUAUAACGUCGUCCUGAGGAGAGUGAUGAAGAUAUUGGGCCUGAAACUGGUGGGCAGAAACCACUACGACCCCAACGCUGUUGUCAUUCUGGGCAAACACAGGCUGCAGGUGUGGCCCGGGUACUCCACCAGCAUCAAACAUACUGAUGGUGGUCUCUAUUUGCUAGUGGAUGUGUCGCAUAAGGUGCUGCGUAAUGACUCUGUGCUGGACAUCAUGAAUGUGAUUUACCAGGAGAGUCGAGAGAGCUUUCAGGACCAAUGCACAAAGGAGUUCGUCGGCACAAUCGUUAUCACACGCUAUAAUAACCGCACUUAUCGCAUUGACGACAUUGAGUGGUCCAAGUCUCCCAAAGACACUUUCACCUUGGCUGAUGGAUCAGUGACCACGUUUGUUGAAUACUACAGGAAAAACUAUGGCAUUACAAUAAAGGAACUGGACCAACCACUUCUCAUCCAUCGUCCAAAGGAGAGAUCCAAACCCAGAGGAAAGGUUAUAACAGGUGAGAUUCUGCUGCUUCCGGAGCUCUCCUUCAUGACCGGCAUUCCCGAGAAGAUGAGGAAGGACUUUAGAGCAAUGAAGGAUCUGACCAUGCACAUCAACGUGGGAGCCGAGCAGCACACCCAGAGUUUGAAACAACUGCUGCAGAACAUCAACACCAAUGAUGAGGCUCUUCAUGAGCUGGGGCGAUGGGGUCUCAGCAUCAGUCCAGAGAUCCUGGUGACUCAAGGAAGAACUUUGCCCCACGAGACCAUCUGUCUGCAUUCGGCCUCCUUCGUCACAUCAUCAUCAGUGGACUGGUCCAGAGAGGUGGUUCGAGACCCCUCCAUCAGCACCGUCCCUCUGAGUUGCUGGGCUAUUUUCUAUCCUCGACGGGCAGCGGAUCAGGCAGAGGAGUUGGUGAGCACCUUCUCACGUGUGGCCGGACCCAUGGGCAUCAGAAUCGAGCGACCCGUCCGUGUUGAACUACGGGAUGACCGGACCGAAACCUUCGUCAAGAGCAUUCACUCUCAAGUCACCAGUGAACCUCGGAUGCAGCUGGUUGUGUGCAUUAUGACGGGGAACAGAGACGACCUGUACAGCGCCAUCAAAAAGCUCUGCUGUAUUCAGAGUCCAGUACCAUCACAGGCCAUCAACGUGCGGACCAUCUCCCAGCCUCAGAAGCUCCGCAGCAUCGCUCAAAAGAUCCUUCUGCAGAUUAACUGUAAACUGGGAGGAGAGCUGUGGACAGUCAGUGUUCCUCUGAAAUCUCUGAUGGUGAUCGGAGUUGAUGUCCACCAUGAUGCCAGCAAAAAAAGCAGAUCUGUCAUGGGCUUUGUGGCAAGUCUCAACAGGUAACUUAAAACACACAUGAAAUUGUUUUGGUUUACAUGGGUUCAUCAGGACCACCCAAAGUGCCUCUACACCCACAUGGUUUUUAGCAAUGCAGACUUUAUAUACUGUAUGAU